AUCCUGAGUCAGCAUUCCCAUAAUUCAUCACGUGCGCUAAGCCCGACUAGCUGGCCUCAUCGCAAGCGCUCCAUUUCCGCCCGAAGGCCAAUCUCCGUUCUGUUUUCAUUUACAACUAGGUUAACGUCUUACUUUCCGCGAAGUACCAUUUUCCCUGUGGUUUCCCCUUGGACCACCUUCCCACUCAACUCAUGAGCCAUUGAAAGGACUUCGCGUGGAGUGGCAACUGUAGAGCUAAACGCCCACAAUGGCGUUCACCAAACGAACGUUACCCAUUUUCCCCCUUCUGCUUGUGGCCCCCUCUCUUACAGGAGCUUUCUAUCUGCCGGGUGUAGCGCCCACCUCUUACGAUCAAGGUCAAUCCGUUCCGCUUUAUGUCAACCAUCUUACUCCGGGCCUUGCACAGCAGGAUGAGCAACUCCACUCCGUGUUUUCUUACGACUUCUAUCACCCCGCUUUUCACUUUUGUACUCCGGAGGAUGGACCCAAGUAUAUCCGGGAAUCGCUAGGCAGUAUUCUGUUCGGAGAUCGAAUCCAGUCGUCACCGUUCGAGCUCUCCAUGGGCAAAAACGAAACCUGCAAGGCUGUUUGCAAGGAGGAGGCGAGGUUCGAUGCCCGUAGCGCUAAAUUCACCAACCGGAGGAUUGUACAAGGAUACAAUUUCAACUGGAUCGUGGAUGGACUUCCGGGCGCUCAGAUCAAUGUGGAAUCCGUCACUGAGGCCAAAUUCUAUAACCCAGGCUUUGCGUUGGGAUCCUUGAACGAUGAUGGACAGGCGGUUUUGAAUAAUCAUUUCGACAUCUUUGUCGAAUACCAUUCAGUAGGAUACGGAGCUAAGGACAAGUACCGAGUUGUCGGCGUGCUUGUCCAGCCCGACUCCCGCGGAGAUUCGAAAGUUAGCGGAGAUGGGACUGUGGACUGCGGCUCCGGUGGCGUCCCGGUUAUUCUGAACGAGGAGGGUGAGACUGGCGUGACCUGGACAUAUAGUGUAUACUGGCGUGAAUCACCCACUCCCUGGGCUACCCGCUGGGAUAAGUACCUCCAUGUUUACGACCCGAAAAUUCACUGGUUCUCCCUGAUAAACUCCGCGGUAUUCGUGGUCUUCCUGGUUGGCAUGGUGAGCAUGAUACUAGUUAGAGCUCUUAGGAAGGAUAUCGCUCGCUAUAACCGGCUGGAUAUGAUCAAUUUGGAGGAUCUGGAUGGAACGUCGGCUGCCGUGGAAGACGGCAUCCAAGAAGAUUCUGGCUGGAAAUUGGUGCAUGGCGAUGUCUUCCGAUGCCCCAAGUCCCCUCUAUUGUUGAGUGUCCUUGUUGGCAACGGUGCCCAGCUGUUUAUGAUGACGGGCGUGACAGUUGUUUUUGCCCUCUUCGGCCUUCUGUCUCCAGCCAACCGUGGCUUCCUAGCCACAGCUAUCCUUAUCAUCUACACACUUUUCGGGUUUAUUGGAGGCUAUGUGUCCGCUCGCGUGUACAAAUCGUUCGGCGGAGAAGCGUGGAAGCGCAAUAUUGUUAUGACGCCCGUUCUAGUUCCUGGUCUCAUCUUUGGCACCUUCUUCCUGUUGAAUCUGUUCGUUUGGGCAAAAGGCUCCAGUGGGGCUGUGCCCUUCGGCACUAUGCUUGCUCUUGUCGCGAUUUGGUUCGUCAUCAGCGUCCCGUUGAGCGUUGCGGGUAGCUGGCUUGGGUUUAAGCAGCGCGCUGUGGAAGGACCCACGAAGACGAACCAGAUCCCCCGUCAGGUUCCUCCCAUGUCGGGAAGUCUGCGGACAAUUCCCUCGUUGCUCUUGACCGGCAUUCUCCCCUUCGGGGCGAUUUUCGUGGAGCUGUACUUUAUCAUGACCUCUCUUUGGACUAACAAGAUUUAUUACAUGUUUGGUUUCCUGUUCCUCUGCUACGGCCUGAUGAUAAUUACCACUGCAGCUACGACGGUACUCUUAGUGUAUUUCCUGCUGUGUGCGGAAAAUUACCGGUGGCAGUGGAGGGCCUUCGCUGGCGCUGGAAUGACUGGUGGCUAUGUCUUCCUGAACGCGUUGCUUUUCUGGGCCACCCGCGUGAGCUUUGGUGGUCUCACUGGUGCAGUACUGUAUGUGGGAUACUCCGCAUUGAUUGGGUUUAUUGUUUUCAUCUUAACUGGUUCGAUCGGCUUUUUCGCCAGUUGGGCGUUCGUGCAGCGCAUCUAUGGUUCUAUCAAGGUCGAUUAAAAAGUCUGGACAUUGCGCUUAGCGGUCGCUUCUCUUCAGCUUCAUGCAACAUAGAAUGAGGGAUGCACUUUUCUUUUCUAGUCUUGUUCCGGGAUAUCCCCUGUAUAGCUUUAUUUUCCAUGCGAUGCAUUGUCCACGAUCUGUACAUAGAGUAUACGAGAAUGCUGUUUCCGUGCUUGGGACAUUGUUUGGCGCUAGUGGAGCCCUGGGAGUUGUUUCAGGUACACGAGAACCUUAAGAGGAUGGAUUGUAUGAUAAACGAGCCCAUUGGACCCGGUCGCAAACCGACCAUUGGUAUUCUCGCAUGUAGACGUAGGCAGGAAUCAGUAGGAGGUAAGUAGAUAGUUACGAAUGCCGACCCAGGGGAGGAAUACUGGUGGAAAGUUGUAGUGCGUCAGCCUUCUCUCGGCGGUCAAAGGUCUGGACCGGCGGCUCCCCCAGUGUCAAACCGC